CAGAAAUAGGAGAGAGAACAGAGAUAGGUGAGAGAGCGGAGAAAGGAGUGAGGGUGAUGAGUGGGGUCAACAUGGAAUCAGCCAUGAUCCAGAGCUGGGUGAGGAAGAACCCAGUUGGCCAUCCUAGAUCAGCCACAGAUCCCCACAAACACCCUGAUCCUAACCCUAGCCCCAGACUGCCUAGCCCUAACCCCAACCAUAUCCCUAGUUCAAGAUCCACUCUCAACCCUAACCCUAGACCGCCCAACCUAAGCCCCAUAUUUAACCCUAACCCCAACACUAGCCUAAAACCCAGCCCUAACCCCAGCCCCAGCCUCCCCAAGACCAAGGACCGGUGGUCCUACCUGAAGUCCCGAAGCCCCCCCAACCUAGUCCAGAGGGAGAGUGGCCGCAACCCCCUGUCAACUAUGUGUGAGCCCCCCUCUGCCUUCCCCAUCACCCCCUCCAGCCCCCUGUACACCAACACAGACAGUCUGACUGUCCACACCCCCGCCAAGCGCAAACGAGGUCGUCCCAAAAAACAACCCCUGCUCACUGUGGAAACCAUCCAUGAGGGCACCUCCACCUCCCCCCUGAGCCCUCUGGCCCGGGACAGCCCUGCUGGGCUCAGCCGUAGGAGAAAGACCACGCUAUCCCAAAUCGCAUCUGGUUCCACUAGCCCCAAUGCUAAUGAGUUGAAACUGAAGCGCGGUGAGGGUGCCCAUGUCAGGCCGGUGAAGAGGCUGAAGCUGGGGAAGGUGCAGAGCAUCCUGAAUGAGAUCCUAUCAUGCUCCAGCCAACAUGGCAGCCUGGCGCUGAAGUCCGCCUCGGCUCCGAUCUCUUCCGCCAUGACGGUCAUGGCCUCUACCAUUGAGGCUCGUCUGGGGAAGCAGAUCAACGUCAGUAAAAGAGGAACCAUCUAUAUCGGGAAGAAGAGGGGGAGGAAGCCGCGAUCUGACACCCAAACCCUUCCCCCCAGAGGUGGGGGGGCCAAGCCCCCUGUGCCUGCCUCCAUGUCCAGCCUGUACAACAGACUCCUAGUGCCUUCCUCCCCCCCUCUCAGCUCCAGUACCCUCCUCCUCAGACCCCACACCCUGUCCUCUCUGUGCCACCCCGGCCCUCACGGCCCCCACUCUGACGCCACCAUGCCCAGCCUGCAGCCCAUCAGUGCCCUGCCCUCUAAACCCCCAGGCAGGGGGCUACUGGGGGCCGGCUGGAAGCUCUCUCCCCCGCGCCUCCUGGCCAACUCCCCGUCCCACCUAUCUGAGGGGGCGGCGUCCAUCAAGGAGGUGACGCUGUCACCCAUCAGUGAAUCACACAGCGAGGAGACUAUUCCCAGCGACAGCGGCAUAGGGACGGACAACAAUAGCACCUCUGACCAGACAGAGAAGGGAACCAACGCACGACGCAGGUACUCGUUUGACCUGUGUGGGUUUGAGGCUGCGGAGUCUGCCGUUCUGGAGGCGUCCAGUCGCGGCAGUAGGGGUCGCUGUGAGCAGCCGGCAGUGGUGGACAACUUCCUGUCCCAGCAGGAGAAGAAGCAGAAACACCGCAGGAAGAGGAAGUGCCUGCAGAGCAGAGACCACCUGAACUUCCUGUCUGAGCUAGAAGAGGUGGUGGUAAAGCUGCAGCAGCUACAUGUGUCUCACCGACGCUACGCCUCCUGCUACCCCCAGCACCCCUACCCCUCCAUCUUCCGCCUCAACUUCCACCAUCACUACUACCCCUUGACCUAUGACCCCUACCCCUGUGAUCCCGCCCCGUACCUUCGCAGGACCGCCGAGCUCAAGGCCAAGAGGAGGCGCGGCCGGCCCGCCAAAACCAGCGAGCCAAUCACAUCCAAGCUGCCUUUUGUCCAGGGGUUUGGGUAUCCGCUGGCGGGGGGGAACUACUAUGCACCAUAUGCCAUGCCUUAUGCCCCGCCUCUGAGCCUGGGCUACUACGCCCCAUCACCCUACCUUCCCCACCAUCCCCACGGUCCUUCACCACCCUCCCCCUUCAUGAGGCCUGCCGUCCCCCCUCCGAAGUUCCACUCUGGGGGCCACUCCAAGCUCCAGGCACCUAGCGGCCCACUGCAGGGCUCCUCUGGUCGGGGAGAAGGACUGGGAUCACUGGGUGGUGGAGGUCUUGGAGGGGUGAGGCUCCACAAGAGGAAACACAAGCACAAACACAAACAUAAGGAAGAGACCAACCUCCUCUCACCCCAUGACAGACAGGAGCUGGGCGGGCUCUUCAGCGGUGCCAAGACCAAUGGGCUGCUCAACCUGCUGACUGACAGGUGGGAGAUGACCAACCAGAAGCGUCAGGAGAACGAUGUUUGA